AUGGCUACCCAUCACCUUAAGGACAUGAUGCUGAUACUGUUAUUGAACCAGGACACGUCAUCCUCGAACCUACCAACAACAUUGAACAAUAUCAACAUGAACACAUCGUUAGCAUGGAACAACCUUAAUGGUAUGACUGCCUAUCCUCUCAAGGACAUGAUGCUGAUGUUAUUGUUGAUCCAGAACACAUCGUUAACAUGGAACAACCUUAAUGGUAUGACUGCCUAUCCUCUUAAGGAUAUGAUGCUGAUGUUAUUGUUGAUCCAGAACACAUCGUCAACAUGGAACAACCUUAAUGGUAUGACUGCCUAUCCUCUCAAGGACAUGAUGCUGAUGUUAUUGUUGAUCCAGAACACAUCGUUAAUAUGGAACAACCUCAAUGGUAUGACUGCCCAUCCUCUCAAGGACAUGAUGCUGAUGUUAUUGUUGAUCCAGAAUACGUCCUCCUUAACAUUGAACAAGCUUUAA